GAAGUGUUCAUUUUGACAUUGUAGAACACAAAAUCAAACCGUACCAUAAUAUCGUUUUAAGGCUACUUUGAGACGCAAAACGGUUUAGAGUAGGAAGUGAUUUUGGGUGAGAAAUAAGACAGAUCCAGCAAAGCAAAGACCGAGCCUGCAAUAAUGGUGAUAUGUUGAGGCGGCUAAUGCUAAUCUAACCAAAUCAACAAUUAACAGACUGCACACCUUUUUCUUCUAUUUUAUUUUACAAAUAGUCAUCGUCAGCUUAUAGACUUUGGUUUUUCAGAAUCACCCAACCAUCACGGGACACCCAUGAAGCUGCUCCAAUGUCCCCACUCCCAGCCUCUCCGUCGUCCACUGCUCCUCCUUCUCCUCCUCCUCAUCAUCAUAUUAGUCUCCCCCACUUCUGCUCUCGACUUCCUCUUCAAUUCCUUCACUACCGCCGUCAACGCCACCAAUCUCACCCUCAUUAACGACGCCCGAAUCGACACCUCCACCAUCCGCCUCACCAACGACUCCAACCCCCUCUCUUAUGGCCGCGCCUUUUACCCCACCACCCUUCGCAUGAUCCCAACUUCUAAUUCCUCAACCCUCUCUUCCUUCUCAACGGCCUUCGUUUUCUCAGUCCUACCGCAAAUCUCCACCAGCCCCGGUUUUGGCCUCUGCUUCGUCCUUUCCAACUCCACUUCCCCUCCAGGCGCUCUCGCCAGCCAAUACUUUGGCAUCUUCACCAACGCCACCUCUCCUACCGUGGCUCCCCUUCUAGCAGUUGAGUUCGACACCGGUCGAAACCCGGAAUUCAAUGACCCUGACGACAAUCAUAUCGGGAUCGAUUUAAACAGUAUUAUAUCUGCUCAAACAGCUACAGCUCAGUAUUUUAAUUCUUCCAAUGGAAGUUUCGUUCCCCUUAACAUGCGAACUGGCCAAAAUGUUCAUGCUUGGAUUGAUUUCGAUGGUUCAAAUUUCGAGAUCAACGUCACGGUUGCUCCCGUCGGCGUUUCCAAACCCUCUAGGCCAACGCUUAAUUAUAAAGAUCCGGUUAUUGCUAACUAUGUCGCUAGUGAAAUGUUUGUUGGGUUCUCAGCGUCCAAGACUCAGUGGGUUGAGGCACAGAGGAUUUUAGCUUGGAGCUUCAGCGAUACGGGUGUUCUUAGAGAGAUUAACACAACUGGUUUGCCUGAGUUUUUCAUAGAAUCAUCAUCAUCUUCUUUGUCAUCUGGGGCUAUUGCUGGAAUCGUAAUCGGCUGUGUUGCUUUUGUAAUUAUCUGCGGAUCUGGGUGCUAUUUUGUUUGGAGGAAAAAGUUCAGGGAAGAAAGUGAAGAAGAGAUUGAAGAUUGGGAACUCGAGUAUUGGCCUCAUAGAUUUUCUUACGAUGAGCUUAAACAAGCCACCAAUGGAUUUUCCAACGAAAAUCUUCUAGGCGCUGGUGGGUUUGGUCGUGUUUUUAAGGCGACGCUUCCAAAUACGACGGAGGUCGCGGUUAAGAGCGUGAACCAUGAUUCCAAGCAAGGAUUAAGAGAGUUCAUGGCUGAGAUCGAAAGUAUGGGAAGGCUCCAACAUAAGAAUCUUGUUCAAAUGCGAGGUUGGUGUCGAAAAGGAAAUGAACUCAUGCUUGUUUAUGAUUACAUGCCUAACGGAAGCCUUAACCGGUGGAUUUUCGACGAACCGGAGAAACUCCUCGGUUGGAAACAGCGGCUUUUGGUUUUGGCCGACGUGGCCGAGGGUUUGAAUUACCUGCACCAUGGCUGGGACCAAGUUGUUGUUCAUAGAGAUAUCAAAUCAAGCAACAUUUUGUUGGAUUCUGAAAUGAGAGGAAGGCUUGGAGAUUUUGGAUUGGCUAAAUUGUACGAACACGGACAAGUUCCCAAUACAACGAGGGUGGUGGGAACUUUGGGUUACUUGGCACCUGAAUUGGCCACGGUCGCGGUUCCUACGGCGUCUAGCGAUGUUUACAGCUUUGGGGUAGUGGUUUUGGAAGUGGUGUGUGGGCGACGACCGCUGGAGAUGGCAUUGGAGAAGGAAGAAGAGCAAGUGUUGAUUGAUUGGGUGAGAUGGCUGUAUGGAGAAGGGAGGCUGAGAGAGGCGGCGGACGCGAGGGUUCGAGAGGAAUACGAGGGUGAGGAAGUGGAGAUGAUGUUGAAGCUUGGGUUGGCUUGUUGUCACCCUGAUCCUUCGAGGAGACCCAUGAUGAAGGAGGUGGUGGCGGUUUUGGUUGGGGAGGAAGUGGGUGCUGCUCCGGCUGAUUUGUUGAAUGAAUUAGCUCGUGGUGGUGGUAGUGGCAGCGGCAGUGGCCGAGAAGAUCUUUGAGAGGAAGCGCCACCAGUAUGAAUACGGUUUUGGGCUUUUCUUUUCUAUCAACUCGAAUUAAUUUUUGGGAAUAAUAAUGAGAGCGGGUGGAGCAUUGUUGACUUUUUUAUAAUUAUUGUAAAUGAUUUUUAUUUGUAGGGUUCUUGUACACGCGGCAAUUUGAUUAAAGUUUUGUCAUUAAUGAUAUUUUAUUGAAGUAUUAUUUUUAUAA